UUGAUUCAUCAGUUACUUACUGCGGCCACAAACAAGCAUGUCGACAGUAGCACCAUAUAGAAAUAUAAGAAAACAAAACUUGUCAGACCCCCUCGGCCUGUUUGCUCUGCUAUCUCUCGAUCUGCUGUUAGAAAUUCUGUACAGGACCCCUAUCAAGUCACUCUUGACACUCAACUGUGUCUCCAAACCUUUUAAUUCCUUUAUUUCUGAUCCCAAAUUCGCCAAUGAUCACCUUCGCUUGUCAAAGAUCCACCGCCGCCACCACAACCUCCUCAUAAGCCCGUGGGCUUUCUUUUCAGAAGGAAACUUCUCUCUCCUUGAUUCCCGACUUACUUCUGUUUUUAACAACAACAACUCAACAACCAUCGUCCCUGAUAUGAAGCUCAACUUUCCUCUAAAUCCUUCUAACAUUCGUGCUAUCAUAGCUGACUCUUGCGAUGGCAUCAUCUGUCUUCAAACCAUCGAUGACAGAUUCGACUGUGGUGAUCCGCUACUAUGGAACCCUUGUACCACCAAAUUCAAUAUAUUGCCCUCUUUGGAUUUCGAGAAAAGUCUACAAAUUGCAUACACCAUUGGGUAUGACGCUCAAUUUACCCAUACUUACAAGGUAGUUGCUGUUUCUAGCUAUAUAUCUCGUGGAAUUCAAAAUGAUGUUUACAAAACUCAAGUUAAGGUUCACACUUUAGGCACCAACUCUUGGAGAAGGAUUCCAGACUUCCCUUCGCAACUCAUGGGUAUACCCGAAGGGAAUGUUGGCAAAUUUGUAAGUGGCAGCGUUCAUUGGGCCAUUGAAGAUCAAAAUAACCGAUUCCUAAAAUCACAAGAUCCAGAUGACCACUCUUCAUGGUCAUGGCACAUUCUUUCUCUUCAUUUAGGAAAUGAGUCGUAUCGGGAGAUUUCCCAGCCCGAUUAUGGUCUACCUCUGCAUAACUUCAGCUUGGGGGUUUCUAGGGAUUGCCUAUGCGUCCUUGCUCACACCGAAACUUUUUUGGAUAUUUGGCGUAUGAAUGAUUAUGGAAAUAAAGAUUCUUGGACUAAAUUGUUCACUCUUCCAUUUGCCGAAUUCGUUGGUCUUGAUGGCGUCUGCAUUACUCGGCUUUAUAUUUCUGAGGAGGACCACCAAGUGUUCGUGUACUUCAUCAAUAAGGUAUAUGUUUACAAUUACAAGACUGGUGCAGUAAAGAAUCCCAAGAUUCAAGGCCUCCCAUGUAUUUCCUUCAACUCAAAUAUCUAUCUUGAGAGUUCCUUCAACUGUGAUGUCUAUGUUGAGAGUCUCAUAUCACCUUGACCUACUUGCUUUGCUCUGCUGGCUCUCAAAGAUUCUCCUCCUGUGGUGUUUCCGUUUAUUAUUUAAUUUAUUUUAUGUUGGUUCUAUGUUCAUUAAUUAAUGGUCAAUGUAAUAAUAACUUUAUUAUGUCAUUAUUAAUAUCUUUGCUCGAUGC